CUGCUUACAAUGAAUCACAAUGGAGACUAAGUAGGAACUCGCACGAAUUCGGUCUUUUAAUUUAUUUAUGACAGAAAGUUAUAUUUUUACUAGUAGCCUCGCAAAUCCGUAGCUCCUAUUUUAACUCGUAAUUCUUAAUCAGGAGAACAAGUUGCGGACUGAUCCUGAAGUCUUUCUACAAGUGUUUUGAACAAGGAAAUCGUCUCCGGCUAGCGUUAUGUAGCAAGCUAAUCUCAUUUAUCUCAUUUAGAAACUCCGCUAUCGUCUCUCAGUGUUAUAAAUCCUACACACAGCGUCCACCUGUUGGCAGGCAUGACCGAGUACAAACUUGUGGUGGUCGGGGCAGGAGGCGUGGGGAAGAGCGCUCUCACCAUCCAGCUCAUCCAGAACCACUUUGUGGAUGAAUAUGAUCCAACCAUCGAGGACUCGUACAGAAAGCAGGUUGUGAUUGAUGGAGAGACGUGUCUGUUGGACAUCCUGGACACUGCAGGUCAGGAGGAGUACAGCGCCAUGAGGGACCAGUACAUGAGGACUGGGGAGGGCUUCCUCUGUGUGUUUGCCAUCAACAACACAAAGUCCUUUGAGGACGUUCACCUUUACAGAGAGCAGAUCAACAGGGUGAAGGACAGUGACAGCGUUCCCAUGGUGCUAGUGGGGAACAAGAGCGACCUGAGCACCCGCACGGUGGAGACCCGGCAGGCGCAGGAGCUCGCCCGAAGCUUUGGAGUGCCGUUUGUUGAGACCUCUGCCAAAACCAGACAGGGUGUGGAAGAAGCUUUCUAUUCACUGGUGCGGGAGAUCAGAAGAUACAAGGAGACCAACCGCAGCAACAAGAAGAGCAAGAAGAACCCUCAAAGACGUUGCACGAUCCUAUAGCAAACCACACAUCGCUCAGAGCACUAGUUUCACACGCCGCCUGUUCUCCGUCACCUUGGAGACGUCCAGCACAGCUCCGGACGGGGAAGCAGACGUGACAAGAUCACUUUUUAUUGCUGUGACUGUUUCCACUUACAGUUUGUUGCCACAAGAUUCAUCCAUGUGCAGUGUCCAUUAAACACUGUGAAUUUCAGGGUUUUUCCAGGCUCAUACUGGGGCCUUGUGGGGGGUGACUACAAAUGACAGUAAGACCAGUACAGUCAAGGCAAAAAUCUAAUCCUGUAUCUGUUGUUUCUAACCAGUUCAUAAACACAAAUGUCCAUCAUGCUUUAGUAAACAAAAUCCCAGUUAACAAAACAGAUUUUAGAAAGUGUGCCUAAAACCAUGGCGAUAAUCUAUGUAGGUAUUAACUGUAUUUUUAUUUUUUUUAGUUUUGGCUACCAAACAACACAUUUUUUCCAUGAUAGUUUUAACUCUAAAUUGUGUUGCCAUAGUUUCCAGCUCCUGUUGACUAUUUAGAGGUCAGGGGUUCAGAAAUUCAUCGCUGCACUUUGCUCUGUCUCAUCAGGUGAAGACCAUGAAUUAUUUUAGGACACACUUUCACGACACUUUUUAAAAAAAAAUUACUUUUGGCGACAGGGAUUUAUUUGACAUUACUAGAAGAGUGUCCAAAUAAAUGUUUUUUUUUUCCCUUAAUAGGAUUGGUCAAAACAGAAGUUUAAAGAAAGCAUGUUGUGUUUUGUUUUUUGUGGGUUUUUUUCCCAUCGGAAAGUGUAGCUACUGGGGCUCGGAAAACAGCAAUAUCUACUUUUUAUUGUACUUACCAAGACUACAUGUGAAUGAAAAUGCUGUCAUAGCAUAGGAUCACCACAGAAACAAUAGCUCAAGGCUGUGUUCCAGACUCCUGGUCGCACUUUAUUCUUUUCCUCAUUAUGUGUUCGUUAUAGAAGUUAGAAUUUAUCUAGUGCCACUUUAAAAGUUUACUCAGGAAUAUGGUGUUUAAUCAGGCGCUGAUUAAGAACAGACUGAUCAGUUGAGAUCUGAUGCCUCCGCUCAUCAUUUUCACACCAUCGUCAACUUGUUGUUUGAAGUGCCGGCUCUGCUGUUGGUCCCUCACAGUCGCACUGUAUUCCAAAGUCCACUUUUAAUGCAGUUUUUUUUUUUUUUUUGGUCCAGUUCCAGUGCUGGUGGUUGUAGCUGUAGGUCAAAGCGCUGUUUAUGUUACAGCAUGUAGUCGGUGGAAAUAUCCAUGUGGUACUACACACAACAUUAAAACCACUGUUUUACUCAGCGGCACAUAACUGUCAUGCUAUCUGAUCAUACUUGAUGCUGGAUGAUAAGGAUGUAAACAAGGCAACAACUUUUUAUAGCAGUGCUCAACAUCUUCCAUACCGUCGCCCUACGUGUGUUGAUGGAUGAUUCAUUUUCUAUUUUUGUAAAACUGCAAACAUUAUCUCCCGAUUUUAAAACCAACGUCUGCAUUAAUGAAAUGCUGUCUGCGAUAAAUUACUAAAACUAUAUCAAAGUUCGAUGAUCAGCUCAGUUGCAUCCUGCUAACAGUGAAGCCAUCCAUGUUUCUUUGCUACGGUGUCAACCAGCUGUAUCCUUAUCUGGACUUCAUGUAAUGCCAUUGUUGAAAAUGGAGUUACUGCAUUUGAUAUGAACAAGUCUCACUGACAGCUAUGUAAAAUCUGCAUUGCACUCUGCUGUAAUGAACAAGUAAACCACAUUUUUAGCAUUUA